CCUCACUACUGCAGCACACUCAGCACUUCUAUCUCGUUAACGAUGAAGUUCUGCGACCCGCCCAACAGAGCAUCGCCCUCCUCAUCCAUCACUCCCAUGUAGCCCUCAGGCACAUACUCGCUCCGAGUGUACUGAUAGCAGCUGCGGAUGUCGGCAGAAGGCGGGCCAUCGGAAGUGCCGCUCCAACCCAAAAGGAUACCUCCACCGAUCCCCAUAUUCGCACCAAACGCAUUCCACUUCCUCCCCGCCACAGUAACCCCCUGAUUCUCUUGUGGUAUCUCGAUCUUGGUCGGUUCGUCGAAGUGGCCGGCCAGUGAGAACCACCAUAUAUCACUGCGGUACUCAUGGUCGCUGGUCGGGUCGUCGGGCUCCUGAAUGCCGGCACUGACGUAGACGCCGAAGACAUACUGGUCCUUCUUGAUCACAAGGAUGAGAGGCUUGGCGUCGCCCACAUUGUCCAGCAGGUCGCCAUAGGUGGUGCCGUCGACAGACAUCCUACACACACACACACACACACACACACAGACGGAAUCUGCCCAUUGACUGUCAGAGGAUCCCAGUCUGUCUGUUGCAUGAUGUGUGUCUACCGGUAGAGCGAGGUGAGUCGUGUGGUGUCGCCCCCCAGCAGGUAGACCAGCGCCUCAUACUCUGACGCAGACAGCGGCGUGCCGCUGGGUGGUGGGAGAGUCGGUACGGGCGGCGGGGGUACGAAAAGGUGAGGGACCUGUUCAGACCAAAGUCAGCGUUUCGAAUGGGUGAACGGGUCGUGUGCAUACCUCCAGCACUUCUAUCUCUUCAGCAAUGAACUCAAGCGCCCCGCCCAACGCAGCAUCGCCCUCCUCAUCCAUCACUCCCAUGUAGCCCUCACGGACCUGUGGGGUGUACUGAUAGCAGUUGCGGAUGUCGGCAGAAGGCGGGCCAUCGGAAGUGCCGCUCCAACCCAAAAGGAUACCUCCACCGAUCCCCAU